AUGUUUUCUUCAUCUGGGUAUGGUGAUUUGGAGUUGUUGAAUCAGUGUUGGCAUGAGUUUGGAGGCUCUGAUGGUGUUUCGAGAGAUGGGUUGUUGUUGUCGUCGUCGUCGUCUCCGAGUGAAAGAGUUGGUGGUAAGAAUGAGAAUUGUGAGGCGAAAGCUUUGGCUGCUUUGAAGAAUCAUAGUGAAGCGGAGAGGAGAAGGAGGGAGAGGAUAAAUUGCCAUCUUUCUACGUUACGUGGUUUUGUCGCUUCUACUCAUCACAAGAUGGACAAAGCCACGUUACUUGCUAAAGUGAUUAGCCAAGUGAAGGAACUAAAGAAGAAUGCAAUGGAAGCAAGCAAAGGUUUUCUAAUUCCAAUGGAAACCGAUGAAGUGAAAGUUGAACCAUAUGAUACUAAACUAGGAUAUGGAUGCAUGUCUUACAUGGCAACUAUAUGCUGUGAUUACCAACCUGAGAUACUGUCUGACCUUAAAACAACACUUGAUGCACUUCAACUCCAACUAGUGAAGUCAGAGAUGUCAACAUUGGAAAGAAGAAUGAAGAAUGUGUUUGUAUUCACAUGUUGCAAAGGGGAUAAUAGUAAUAUUGUUAACGUUGAAGCAUGUCAAAGUAUUGCAAGUGUUGUUCAUAAGGCACUUGGUUCUGUGUUGGAAAAGGCUUCUACAUCAAUGGAAUUUGCACUUAGAACUUCCUAUCCAAACAAGAGAAGAAGAAUGUGUUGA